CGCGGCGACGCGACCUCCGCCAUCUUCCCCCCCCCUUCCUUCCUUACUUCCUCCCUCCCUCCCCCUCUCUCUCUCUCUCUUUCUGGCUGCCCGCCGGCUGGCCGCCAUGUUAACCUCGCGGACCUUCCUGAAGCGGACCCGGGCUGGUUCCGUGCUGAAGGUGGUGCGGGAGCACUACCUCCGCGACGACAUCCCCUGCGGCGCCGCCGCCUGCCCGCUCUGCCCCCCGCGCCCCGACGGCGGCCCCAGCGUCUUGGAGGAGCGGCCCAGCGGCGCUGCUAGCAGCCUGUGCCCCGGCCCGCACUAUCUGCUGCCGGACACCAACCUCCUCCUCCACCAGAUUGAUAUACUUGAAGAUCCUGUUAUCAAGAAUGUCAUUGUGCUACAGACAGUUUUACAAGAAGUCAGGAAUCGGAGUGCACCGGUGUACAAACGAAUUAGAGACGUGAUUGGAAACCCGGAAAAACAUUUCUAUUCUUUCACCAAUGAACAUCAUCGAGAAACAUACGUAGAGCAAGAGCAAGGAGAAAGUUCUAAUGACCGUAAUGACAGAGCCAUUCGGGUAGCAGUAAAAUGGUACAAUGAACACUUGAAGAAAAUGCAGAAUGAGGAGAUCCAAGUUAUCUUUCUAACAAAUGACAGAAAUAAUAAAGAGAAAGCCCUUGAGGAAGGGAUAACUGCUUAUACGUGUGAGGAGUAUAUAAAAAGCUUGAUAGCUAAUCCUGAUCUUGUAGAUCGUCUUGCUUGCAUAUCUGAUGAAGGGAAAGAAAUAGAAAGUGGCAAAAUAAUUUUCCCAGAACACCUUCCUCUUAGCAAAUUGCAGCAAGGAAUAAAAUCUGGUAUUUACCUCCAAGGAACCUAUAGGGCAAGCAGAGAUAAUUAUCUUGAAGCUACUGUUUGGGUUCAUGGAGAUGCUGAAGAAAACAAAGAGAUAAUUAUACAAGGUCUUAAACAUUUAAACCGAGCAGUUCAUGAAGAUAUUGUAGCUGUGGAGUUGUUGGCAAAAGAUGAAUGGGUGGCACCAUCCUCAGUGGUCUUGCAAGAUGAUGGCCAGAAUGAAGAUGAUGUUGAAACUGAAGAGGAGAAAGAAAACAUUUUGAAGACUUCUGAUAACAAGAGCAUGCUGAGACCUACAGGAAAAGUAGUGGGCAUUAUAAAACGAAACUGGCGACCAUUCUGUGGCAUGCUUUCCAAAUCACAGAUCAAAGAGGCAAGGCGGCACUUGUUUACACCAGCUGAUCGCAGGAUUCCUCGUAUUCGAAUAGAAACAAGACAAGCAGAUACGCUGGAAGGACAAAGAAUAAUUGUUGCUAUUGAUGGUUGGCCCAGGAAUUCUAGGUAUCCUAACGGUCAUUUUGUAAAGAACUUGGGAAGUGCUGGAGAUAAAGAGACUGAGACAGAAGUUCUUUUGCUUGAACAUGAUGUCCCUCAUCAACCUUUUUCACAGGCUGUCCUUAGUUUCCUACCAAAAAUGCCAUGGAGCAUUACAGAAAAGGAUAUGAAAUACAGGGAGGACUUGAGGCAUCUUAGUGUUUGUAGUGUUGAUCCUCCUGGUUGUACGGAUAUUGAUGAUGCAUUACAUUGUAGAGAAAUGGAAAAUGGAAAUCUGGAGGUUGGUGUACAUAUUGCAGAUGUCAGUUAUUUUAUUCGCCCAGGAAAUGCUUUGGAUGAGGAGUCAGCAAAAAGAGGAACAACGGUGUAUCUGUGUGAAAAAAGGAUUGAUAUGGUUCCAGAGUUACUGAGUUCCAAUUUAUGCUCCUUAAGAUCAAAUGUGGACAGGCUUGCAUUUUCAUGUAUAUGGGAGAUGAACCACAAUGCUGAAAUUCUAAAAACCAGAUUUACAAAGAGUGUUAUUAAUUCCAAGGCUUCUCUCACAUAUGCUGAAGCACAGAUGAGAAUUGAUUCAGCAACAAUAAAUGAUGAUAUUACUGUCAGUUUACGUGGUCUAAACAAGUUAGCAAAAAUUCUGAAGAAGAAGAGAAUUGAUAACGGAGCUUUGACACUUUCCUCACCAGAAGUUCGUUUCCACAUGGACAGUGAAACUCAUGAUCCUAUCGAUCUGCAAACUAAGGAACUUAAAGAAACAAAUUCCAUGGUCGAAGAGUUCAUGUUGCUUGCCAAUGUCUCUGUAGCACAAAAAAUUUAUGAUGAGUUCCCAGAGUUCGCCCUGCUCCGGAAACAUCCUGCUCCUCCUCCAUCGAAUUAUGACAUCCUUGUGAAAGCAGCAAAGUCCAAGAAUUUGGAAAUUAAGACUGAUUCUGCAAAGGCUUUAGCUGAAUCAUUAGACAAAGCUGAGUCUCCUGCAUUCCCAUAUCUAAAUACACUCUUGCGAAUUUUGACAACUCGCUGCAUGAUGCAAGCUGUCUAUUUCUGUUCUGGAAUGGAUAACGAUUUUCAUCACUAUGGUUUAGCCUCACCUAUUUAUACCCACUUUACCUCACCCAUUAGAAGGUAUGCUGACAUUAUAGUACAUCGACUUUUGGCAGUGGCCAUAGGAGCAGACAGUACUUAUCCAGAACUUACAGAUAAACAUAAACUAUCAGAUCUGUGUAAAAAUCUCAACUACCGGCAUAAAAUGGCUCAAUAUGCACAGAGAGCAUCUGUUGCAUUCCAUACGCAGCUGUUCUUCAAAACCAAAGGAGUGGUGAAUGAAGAUGCAUAUAUAUUAUUUGUAAGAAAAAAUGCAGUUGUGGUUUUGAUUCCCAAGUAUGGGUUAGAAGGAACAGUCUUCUUUGAAGAAAAAGAUAAACCAACACCAAGACUUGAUUACAACAAUGAAGUACCAUCACUUACUGUGGAAGACACAACGUUACAUGUAUUUGACAAAGUUAAAGUGAACGUUACGUUAGAUGCUUCCAAAAUCCAGCAUCAGAAAAUUCGGAUGGUAUUGGUAGAACCAAAGAUACCAGGAAAUGAUGUGCCUGCACAGUUCUCUACAACGAUGAGCAGCAUCAGUGAACCAGAAAAAAAGAAAAAGAAGCUACAAGAAUAGCUAAGUAGAAUGGUUAAAACCAUAUGUGAAUUAUUUGUAUCUCAUUUUCCCUAUGGGCAAAAUGAUGGAAACAGUGUUUACUUUUAAAGUACACUUUUUAAUAAUUUGUAAAACUGCUUUUUAAACUGUUUUUAAUGAAUAUAUGUAUGCAAAAGGACAAUAGUUUUAAAACCAAAAUUGUAGCCCUACUUGUCUUAUGGAGGAAAAUAAAUUCAUCUCCAAAGUGAUGAAAUUGAUGAAAUAGUCAUACUAUGUUUUUCUGAAUGGCCUUUUGGACCCUUAUCAUCUUAAAAAAAAAAAAUAAUGUAGAUGUUACUGAACAGGGCACAGUGUAUAUAUAAUUUCUGUACCUCUCUUUUCUUAAAAGUUUCUACUGCUAGUGAAAGAAAUAUUUAAGAACCAAUUUGUUCAGCAGUGUAGAACAAUUUUUUGCUGUAAAGUUGUUAGAAAAUGAUGGCUUUAAGAGCAAGAAAAAUACUAUUUUCCAUCUGUUCUUGGAAUUCAGCCUUCCCUAAACAAGUAAUGCUGCAGUCCAGUGGACUUAUGGUGGUAGCAUCCUUAAAGGGUUAAUAUCCAGUGGUUAAAAAAAGAAAAAGCAUAGUAGAAAAAGCCACCCCUCUUUACUGGUAAAUCUCACUUCUGUAGCCACACAUUCAUUUGUUUUCAGUUUUUCUGCUAGUUAGAAUAUACUACUUCAACCCUGCUUCGUCUGAGGAAGAUCAUGAAAGUCUACCCCAUUCAAGAGACAACCUCAACAGCCAUGCUACAAAUUGAAAUCAGGAAUUCACUCUUAGUGAAUUCUGCAGGCUGGCAACGUAAACCUAUAUCAUGCCUAAAAUGAACACUAACACAGGGCAAAUCUACCCUUCUGCAAACAAGGGCAAAGAAAGCAAGCCUAGAGGAAGUUCUGCAGCUCAAGACAGCUAAGAAAUAAAACCUAAUGUUCACAAAAGCUAACAACUAAUAGCAUGGAAUGAUUUCUGAAAUUGCCUUAUCCUGAUAAAGUAAAAAAUGGCUUAAGUAGCAGUGAACAACCUGAGUUACAGUCAUUAAAAAGCAAGCCCACAUCUGCAGGUGUCCAAUUAACAAAAAAAAAAGGUUCAGCCACAUCACCAGAAUUUUCAGGCUCUACUUUUUAAAAGAAAACCAAACAUGUCUCUUGGAAAAUAAAUGCUAUGGACUUAGUU